CUAAAAUAAAAUAAUGUAAUCAGAAGCAAGAUAAAAGCAAAAAUUAGUAUUUUUAGGAAAUUCAUUCGUUGGUAAAACAAGUAUAAUUGAACGAUUUGUUUAAAAUACAUUUGAUCCAAAAUCUCAACCGACAGUUGGAAUAGAUUUUAUCAGUAAGAAUAUGACAAUAGAUGGGAAAACUAUGCGCUUGCUUUUAUGGGAUACAGCAGGAUAAGAAAGAUUUUAUUCAUUGAUUCCAGGAUAUGUUAGAGAUGCCUAAUGCGCUGUAAUUGUUUUUGAUGUAACAUGUACAUAAAUUUUUAUAUAUUUAGCUAGACAUUCAUUCGAAAGUUUGGAUAGAUGGUUUAAAGAAGUUAAAUAGACAAGAGGCAAUGAAGCUUUAAUUGUGAUUUUAGGAAAUAAAAUAGAUGCAGAAAGAGUAGUUAGUUUAGAAGAAGCUAAAGAUUAUGCUAUGAAAAAAGAUAUACUUUAUUAUGAAGUUAGUGCUAAAACAGGUAAGGGAAUUGAAGAAGCUAUGGAAUAAAUUUGCUUAGCUUUACCCACUGAUCAUUCUCUUUUAAUUACAUAAUCAUAAGGUAAUCUUUUUCAAAUAUUUCAUAGUAAAUUAAUCAUAAUUCGAACAGCAAACAGUACCUUCUAAUAGAAGACCUGUUCAUUUAGAUCAAAAUGGAUUUAAAUAAUUAUAAAAACCUUCAGCAACUAAAAAUAAUCAAUGUUGUGCUAAAUCUUAAUGAAAUAAUAUUUUGC